AUGGAGCCAGGUAAGGAGCAGGCUUGUGCUGACCUUAGGAGGCAGGUGGACGAGGAGAAAACGCCUUCUCCAGAUUGGGUUUGGUUUGUCACGACUUCUCCCGGGUUUCCCUGGGAUUUGCCUUCUAUGGAGACCUUAGGGGUAAAGGGCGAGUAAUGCAUAACCACAGCAUUUUUCUUUCUUUCUUUCACUUUCCAAAAAAGCAAUGGUUCCUUAACUUCAUUGCUUUCAAGUGUUUAGAUAGAGCUCUACUUUAUUUCUCACUCCUCCUUCAAUGAGCUUUGAGCGCCCCCCCGCCCAUUGCAGCAAAAGCAACGCCUCUUUUUAAGACAUUCACAAUGUUUUGUCCUCCAAUUAAGUAGGUCAUUAAAAUCAUAUUUUCAGACGUCCUAAUAAGCAGGCUAGCAAUGUUAAGAGUAGGAAAAGUUGUUUCAGGAUAAAUACUUUUUAAGUUCCUUGCUCAAGCCCAAACUUGCUUUCAUUCAGCGCCCCCACCCAUUUCACUUUUUCCACCCACCCGCCCUCAUUCCAGCGUUUAGCGCAUUUAUAAAUGCGUGGUUUGUAUAUGUUGGAUCACAAGCAACGGGUUUGCAGACUUUUCCCCUUUUCUUUUUAACGUCCUCGCUCUCAGCACGUUUAUUUGGAAGCCGCUUCCACUGAUUUCAGUGGAGCUUACUCCCGAGGAAGCGUGCUCAGCAGCUCCAAGGGCUCCCUCUCCUUAUAUAGCUCAAGAACCUUCGCAUCGGGUCUAUAAAUACGAUUCAUUCCCCCAAAGCGGCAGGUUUCUGGAGUUCUGAACUACGGUUCCCAGCAUGCCUCCCUCCAUGACAGCUUCUUUCUGAUUGGCUGCCCCGUGUUCUAGUUGGAACUCUGCAUGUGGCUGCCGCUGUGCUGGGAGGAAGGCAGCCUUUUGCUGGCUAUGUAUGCAUGUAUAAAUGAAAAAAGGUAAGUGAGCUCUGCUGUGUGCUCCGUUUGCAAUGGGGUGUUGUUGUUGUUGUUUGGCCCACUCCUUUUAAUUAUUGCCUCCCCCUCUACCCCCAGUUCUUUGUUCCUGACCCAGUUAAUGGUGAGCGCUUCCCUAAAAGCAGCUGCUUUUCAAAAAGGCAUGUUUGAUAUUGGAAUGUGUGUUUAGGAAGAUUUAGCCAAUCGAAAACUGGAAAAGCAAGACUUGGGGAUGCACUGAGUAUGAUCCCGAAGGGAUAAAGAAAAUAUGUUCAGGGAGGAUUACUACACACUCGAGAGCUGUGAAAACACAAGUACUGUAGUGAUUUCUACCCCCUCCCGUUUUAUGGAAACACCAGCUAUUUCUGUUCCUCCUUGAGAAGCUUUGAUGUAGUCGAGCAGAAAAGUGGAGGAGCCCUGAUGUGCGAUAUAUAUAUAUAUAUAUAUAUAUAUAUAUAUAUAAUUUUAAUUACAAUCUUUCAUUAAAUGUUUCCUUUCAGGCAACUGAUCCCCUCCAAAAUCAUUGCAGAGAGAAAGAAAGAAAUGUUAGCGUUUGGUUUAUUCCAAAUCCCUUUUGAAUUCUAGUUGCAUUGCUGCAUUAUUUUUAAAGUUUGUUUUGCAUGGUGUGUGGGAAGCUUCUUUUUCUUCCUCUCAUCAUAACAUGGUGUUGGCACUUUGAAGGAUGUUAAAAGCUUUGUAGCUUCUUGGUUAAAAGCUGUUUAGGGAUUUAGGACUACACAUUAGGUGAAUGACUUCUUAGCAGGCUUACUUCUCUAUCUGUGUGGGUUUUUGUUUUUUUUAAGAAUAAAAUAAAAACAUUGUUUUGCUUGAUUUUACUUCCAAUUCUCACAACAUUUCUGAGGAUAGACUAGAGACAGAAAGCUUUUUUGGCACUAAAAGUUAUGGCACACCUACAAAAGCACCAUGCCCAAACUUUACUCCCUUCCCACUCAGCUGUGUUUUUCAAAAGUAUAAAUUAAACAGCCUAUGUUCAGGUGCACAAUAUAAAACAAGGAAAGUGACACUAAAUUCUCCCUGUGCCUACUACGUACAUUCAUAUUGCUGCUUUUAAGCAGUUGUUGUUGUUGUUGCUUUAAAGGUAGAACACCCAGGCAGUCAGGGAACUUACUGGAAGGAAAUUCACGGAGGAUAAUUGAGCAGCUUCAGAAUGGAAAGAAUGAGGGGGUGUGAGUAAAAAAGAUGAAUUCUCUUUAUAUCUAAAACAAACACAUUAGAUGCACCUAAUAUGGAAAACUUCUGAGAUCCUGUUUUAAAACUCUGAACUCUUCUGUGUGGCAGUUGAGAAUGAGGAUUGUGUUAAGCUUGCUUGAGGUUAUGACCACUUUGGAACGUGGGUCAUGGUAUUUCAGUGUUCUUUCUAUACUAAAAAAGUUUAUUUUUUAAAAAAAAUACUUUUUAGGAAGUGUCCUGUGAAUUCCAGGAAAGGGUAGUUAGGUUAAGAGCUUGAAGCCAAUAGUUGUGUUCACUGACCAUUCUCUUCCUGUAGGUAUCUUCCGUUGCUCUUAAGUAGAUACGUGUUUCUUUAGAUACCUGUUUAGAAGGUUUAUAGCCCACUAUUUGAUUAAAUGAACCUCAAGGUGGCUUACAACAUAUUGUAAUAACAUGCACACGAGCACACAGGCACACACACCCCAACCAACCAACCCUGGGACUCUAGAGCUGAAAACCUUUGACCAGGACACCAAGAUUUCACUUCAUGCCUCUCAGGAAGAAUGCCAUGGCAAUGGGGAAACCAUCCUAUCCAGUCCUUUUUCCCUAGAAAAAUAGGUGCCGGUACUCACCAUGAAGUUGUUACUAUAAGUGCCACACCUUUUAACAACAACAAAAGAGGUGCUGGUACUGCGUAUCCUUGAAUACCCCCGGGGGGGGGAAGCACUGAUCCUAUCCCCAUCCACCAGCUGGAGAAGGAGCAGCUGCACACAGUUUGCUCCCCACUCAGUGAUGUAGGGCGAAAAGUUUUCCAGUGCUAAUUUACAGUGGUGCCCCGCAAGACGAAUGCCUCGCAAGACGAAAAACUCACUAGACGAAAGAGUUUUCCGUUUUUUGAGUCGUUCCGCAAGACGAAUUUCCCUAUGGGCUUGCUUCGCAAGACGAAACGUCUUGCGAGUUCUCGCGAGAUUGUUUCCUUUGUCUUCAAGCCGCUAAGCCGUUAAGAGCCGCUAAGCCGCUAAUAGCCGUGCUUCGCAAGACGAAAAAACCGCAAGACGAAGAGACUCGCGGAACGGAUUAAUUUCGUCUUGCGAGGCACCACUGUAUUAUUUGAGUGGAAAAUGUUAUGUUUAAGAAGAAUGAAUGGGUGCCAAUUGCAGAUACAGUAUCAGGAAAACUUGGCAGUUUCAAUAUUUUUAAGAUACCGUAAGUGUGCUAAAUCAGAUUGUUUUCUGGUGCAUCACAGUUCCCCCUCUCCCCGUCACUCUAGCCAGCAAGACUCUGGACUUCAGGGAAGUGCAAACCGGCCCCAUCCAUUGACCAGGGGACUUAAGGCUGCUGGACUGUCUGGUUUUUAGGUGUAUGCAUAGGAUCAUACCCAAAGAUGAGAGCCAGAAUGGUGUAGUGGUUAGAAUCUCAGACCAGCACUUGGGAGAACAAAGGUUCAAAUCCCUACUCAGUCACAAACUCUAGAUGACCUUAGGCAUGUCACCAUCUGUCAAUCCUCACAUAAGUCAGGGUUGUUGUGAAGGUGAGAUGGAGGUGGUUUGUGUGGAGAACCACAUGUGCCACCUUGGAACUCCUCAGAGGAAAGCUGUGAUAUCUUGCCAGUUCCCUUGAGGAUAUAAAACCUAUUAGUAUAUAAAGCCCUGAAGAAGUCGGGACCAGUUUACCUACGUGAUCAUAGAAUUGGAAGGGGACCAUAAGAGUCAUCUAGUCCAGCCCUCUACAGUGCAGGAAUCUUUUGCUUCACCACAUUGCUCCACGUGUGUCCACUUGACUGCGUCAAUUGACGGAAUUAGCGCUGCUUACCCAUUCCACAUUUGUGAGAACUUGAUCAUUUUAAUUUGGUAGCACUUACACUUUGGAACUCCCUGCCUAUUGAGAUCGAGCAGGUGCGUUCACUGUACUCUUUUUGGCACCUCCUUAAACGCUCAUAUUUAGAUAAGCCUGCCCAGAUGCUGAGGAAGCCGAGGUAAUUUUAAUCUGUUUUAAUAUUUUCACUUUUGUAAAGUACUGUUGUAAUUUUCAUUUUCUUGUUUUAUCAUUUUGUAAACUGCCUUAAAGGUUGUUUUCCCCCUCAUUCAAGUGGUGUAUACAUUUUAUGUAAUAAAAAUAAAUCUGUGCUUCAAGAUGCUGGCAAAAUGAAUUUCUCAGACAGAAGUAGACUUGGGGUCUUCUCCCAUUUCAUCAGUAUAUGCAUACCCAUAGAAUUCCGUGUUCCUUGUCUCCCAUUUUCUAAAUGCAUAGUCCUUUCCGUACCUCAGCCUUUUGAACCCUCUUUUCCAUAUUACUCUGUUAAAAAGAAACCCGAAAAACCCAGUGCUUACUUCUCUAAAUUUAACAUAGUACAGCCAGAAUUGACCCUGGGAUUGCUCUCAAGAACAAUUCACAACUGUUGGUGCACGGGAGCAAGGGGGAAUGUGGAGUGUGUUUAUAUGUGCCUGUGUGUGUGUCUCAGGAGUUGAGCAGUUUGGGCAAAUGCAGAGUUACUUACCUGCUUAUUUAUAAAGCUGAAGUUGAGAUAUUUCUCAGGAUGGCUCCUGCUAAUCAAAACAAAUAAGAAGCAGACACUGAAAAAUACAAUCAUACCUCAGGUUACGAACGCUGCGGGUUAUGCAUUUUCGGGCUGCGGACCGCGCCAAACUCGGAAGUCCCAGAAUGGGUUACUUCCAGGUUUCUGCGCUCGCGCAUGUGUAGAAGCACAAAAUAAAAUCAUGCGUGUGCGCAGACGCGACUCUUCAGGCUGCAAACGCUGCAGGUUGCGAACGUGCCUCCUGCACGGAUCACGUUCGCAACCCGAGGUACGACUGCAUAUUGAUAACCAGCAGGAAAGCAGUUUGAAAAAGAAAAGACCCCCAGAAAACUCCAAGCAGCAUCAAAUUUACUAAGACAAAAAGGCUUGGGCAAAUUAAAAACCAUUUUUAACCCUGCACCUUAAACCGGUGUUAAAUUUGGUGCCCAGUGGGGAGCUCUGGGCAGAACAUUCCAGAGUUUGGGUGUUACCACGGCAAAGAUCUGGUUACCUCUAAUGGUGAGAUUACCUGUAAGAAGGACCUCUGAUGAAUGAUCCUAACAAACCAACAGUCCCCUGCAGGAGCAGACAGCACUUUCAAAGCUUUGGAAUCGCCACCAAGAAACCUCUGCUUUUCAAUUCACACACCCGCCCUAACAGCUUAGCUUCAAUAAAGUCACAAGUGGCAUUUAAACAGGUGUCGGUCAUGCUAAGCCAUGUUUUGAACAAGCUAAAAAUGUUACCUUUCCCUAGGCUACAGCUAUAUAAAUCUGCAAAACUAUACAGAAGGGCUGGCCAGGAUUCUUGCUAAUUUGGGGCCCUAUGUCCAGUAAUGUGUUUGAGCCUACAGAGAGCUGGGUAGAAUCUCAUAUAGAGUCUCAUGCAUCCUGCAAAUCCAAACAUAUCCUGACCAGCUGUGGUGAGAUGAGUGGGUGGCAAAUAACAUCUCAUAAGUACCCAAAGCACUGUCUGACCUGGUUGUUUAGGCAUGCUUAUGUUACAGAGUGUGACCUUGGUCAGUCAGUAGUGACCUGCUUCCCCAGCCAGACACCUCACUACUUCUUAGCUCGGGGCUCAUUCUUAACAUGUAAUUUUGGUGCAAUAAAUGAAUAAGAGAAAAGAAACAUUUGAUGUUAAACCAUAUGAGGAAUGUGUAUACAGUCAUGGCUAACGGCCCAUAGGGAUGCCUAGACAUGACUGGAUUUCAAAUCUUGUGGCAGGGAGGCAAAUCUGUACUGAGGGACAAUUACCCCGUACCUCUAUAAAAACUAACAAUUCAUAAUUGCCUUUUUUAUUAUUUUGCAUCUGGCCAUGGCUGGCUGGCUGGGAGUACUAAUGGAAUUCUGCACUGCCUUCAUGAGGGAAAAGUAAUCAUUUGGUUUUAUUUCAUGCCCACAACAGCAAACGUUUGGUUAUAUCCUUAAAUGAGAGAUCUAUCCAAAUAAGCUGGUUUGGGAUUAGACGUCUCUCCUGAGUUGCAUAAACAUAUGCAAAUCUUAAAUACCUGGGGCUUCGUGCCUACUUUGAAAAUACUGUACAGAUGUAGAGAACCAUGAAAAAUGGUACCUUGAGUUUUCUCACUUCUAUGAAAACCUUUUAUUCUGUUCACAAGGGUGGUAGUAGUAGUAGUAGUAGUAGUAGUAGUAAUAUGGUCACAGCAAAUAUUUUUAAAUGUUGUUUUCAAGAUAAAUCCGUCGCCACCUCUCUCUCCAAAGAGACUUAAAGGCAAUCAAGAAACAACAAAUAAUCCUUAAGAAAAACCCAACAUACACUCACAUUAAUAAGUUAACAAUAUCCCUAACUAAUAUUUCUGCCUUUGUCAUAAAAUCAGCGACUCAAAACAAACUCGCAGGUUUGAAUUUCUCUCUCUGCUUUUUCAGUCAGGUUAACGAUGGAUAGCAUUACUUGACCUCCCCACUUGCCAGGAAAAAGUUUCCUUUUGCCUGUUUUUUUUUGUUUGUUUGUUUUUUUACAUCACAGGAGUGGAGUAGCUAUUUCUUCUUUCCUCAGCUGCCUUCUCUUGCCUUUUUACUGACCUUCCACCUAGAAAGGCUAGAAAACCCAGCUGCAAAACUUGCAAAUCAGCCUUCCUGUGCUACAGCUCUGAGCAAGCUAGAAGGUCCCCCUUACCCUGACUUUUCCAGGCUUGCUAAAAUGGCGGGAAAAGUGUCUUGUUUCUGCAGAGCUGCCAAGAAGCAGUCCAUGUAUACGCUUCUCCCUCACCUUAGAACUAAUUGCCCCGAUACCAUCAUGAGGACAAAUCAUCAUGAAAGCUCAAUGAAAAAAGACGUUCGAAGGAGCCCUGAGUGAAUAAAGGAUAGCAAUUUCUGGCAAGGCAGCCAGUGUUGAAGGAAUUGAUUCCCUGAUGAAAUUGCCCCAGCUUCACUUCCCCCUCAGAUGAGCCCCUCACUACUGCUGCCUUGAGGCAAAGAAGUCAGCUGUGAAUCUCCAUUUUUGUGUCUGUUUCAACUUAAUGUCCUUCCCUACCAGCCGUCUCCUCCUCUGGCAUGGCCACAAAGAGGAACUGGAAGUGAUUGCUUAUAUUUUUCAUUAACCACAGCUUACUGUUCUGUCUGAACCCAAGAAACUGCGGAUAACCUUAAGUAUUGUUAAUGUAAACAUACCAAAUUCAAACCACAUUUUUUUAAAAAAGUAAAAGGCAGUUAUACCAGAGGCCAUAAAUGAAGUCAGUUCUAAAGUCCACCCCCUGCUUUUUAAAAAUUUAGCAAGGAUGGUGUUCAGUGACACGAAAGGUCUUCUAGCUUGCAGUCAUUGCUACCAAAAUCAUUUUGGCAGGAAUGGGCAGAGAGAACAUCUUUAAAAAGUUGGCUAUAGCCCUGAAGACAGUUGCUGCAGCUUGUGUGUGUGUUUCUUUUCCACAAAUGUUGACAUAGAUAGAAAUAUACACAUGGAUAAAUUAAAAUUACCUCACUAACUGGAUCCCAAGAGAAAUAACUUAAUUGAUAUUCUAUUCAUUACUGAUUAAAAAAAAUAAUUGCCCUAGAACUCCGGGAGAUCCCAAAGAGUGUUUAUGGAAAAGGUAUUGGUCCUGGUUCAGUUGUACGUAAUAACAUCACUGUGGAGGUGAGAUGAAUAUUCCCAUGCAAACCCAGCCAAUUUCGUGGGGCCAUAAGUAUUGCCAUACUGAUAGGGAUGUAUAUUGUCAUAUGUGUUGCUGAUGCCAACUGUGAGAAACCUACCGUAUUUUUCCAUGUAUAAGACUAGGUUUUCCCCCUAAAAAAUAAUGUCAAAAAUUAGGGGGGCGUCUUAUACACAAAUAUAUCUCUCCUCCCCCCCAUUUUCUUAAAUCUGAGUCCCCAAAAAUAGGGGGCGUUUUAUACAUGGGGGUGUCUUAGAGACGGGAAAAUGUGAUACUUUUCUCACAAGAGUUACCCAGCUGGGUUGAAGCAGUUGAAAUUGGACUCAGUACACUAUAUUGAUGCUUCACUUGUUGCAUAAAGAACUCUAUGAUGUUUGGGAGUCGGGUUAUUUGUGCUUCACCUGUGGAAUGAGAAAAAUACAGAGAAUACUGUUUUUACACUUUUUUAAUGUGAGGGUGGCAAGUAACUUGACUGGUGUUGGGGAGAAGAAAUAGUGUAGCUGAGUAUCAUUUUUACUUUAGCAAUUUGGUAGAUUGUAUCACACAUUUCAUUCCUCUCUGCACAACAAUGAUAUUGUUUGUAUUUCCACAUUAUUUAUUACUGCAUUUAUAUCCCACCUUCCCCCCACCCCCAGGAGCUCAAGGUGGUGUACAUGAUUCUUCCCCUCAUUUAAUCCCUACAACUCUAUGAGGUACAUUAGGCUGAGAGGCAUCAACUGGCCCAAGAUCACCCAAUGAGCCAAAUGGGAAUUUGAACUCUGGUCUCCCAGGUCCUAUUCCGAUGCUCUAACCACUAUACCGUACUGGGUCUUUGUAGAUGGGGAACUGUGUCUGAGGGGAAACGUCUUACCCAAAGGCUGCCAAGUGCCCUUCUGAGCAAGCGGACCUAAAGUCUUCGUGCACAGUCCACGGCCAGAGGAACACACUUCAUGCCGAUUGACAAUAUGGCAAUCUCAUUUGUUGAAGCUUCAAACAGAAUUUACCAAGUUUUCUUUUAGAGAUAAUGUAAUUUGAAGACUCAUGGGUGGGUGAUGCUUCCCCACCACUUUUAUCUGAUUUUUUUCAAGGGAAAAAUCAAAGUUUGAUCUCCUCUGUUGAGGUACUCUUUAGCUAUAGCUUCCAAGUCAGUGUAGCUUUCUUCUUUCUCAUCUUUAUUAAUCUAGCUCCUGACAUAAAAGACACUCCCGGCCUCCCCAUGCUGUCCAUUGACAUGGAGAACAAAGAAAAUGGAUCUCUCGACACAGAAAAGUAAGUGGUUCCCUUGGGACAGUCAUUUUGAGAACAGUCAGUGCCAUUUCUUUCGAGAAAAGAGGUGCCGGAAUUCACCACAAACACCUCCCUCAUUCUCUUAGAGUGGCAAUGGUGCCCACCUGAGAUGUGCCAGAACCCACCUGAAAGGGGCUCUAGUUAGAGAAAACAUCCAUCAAUAUAGCAUCCCUGUUUUGUCGGGAUUGAGGUCAGUGUAUUGGCCCCUCAUCUAGUCUGUCAGUAAUCUCCAGGCACUUGAUUCAGUAUUUCUACCCACCACCAGCUGAACUGGAUGAAAAUGAGAAGUAUAGUUUGGUGUAAUCUGUUCAACUGACGGCAUCUCAUGCCAAAUUACCUGGAUGACCUCAUUAAGUGGCUUAAUGUAGAUGUUUAGAUACCAUGGGGUAGGAAAUAUGACCCCUGCAGAAAUGCAUAGCCCCACAGCUGUGGGACUGCAGGAAUCAACUCUCCUGGCAGGAGCAGAGCCACCUCAAUCAGGUGUCUGAAAGGACACCAUGUUUGUGGUUAUUGAAAGUCACAGAGGAGAAUUAAUAGGGUCACACACGCACACAGUUUCUCACUUCAUGAACCUGGUCCAAAAUUGCGCCUAGCAACCCAGUUGGCAUUAAAAUGCCAGUAUUUGCCCUCUGUGGUUUGUGUGUUGUGUCGUUUAUCCAUAUCUUACUAACAAAGCACAUGCCAUAGUGAUUGUUCUUUCCUUUGAUGUCUUAAAUGCUUCAAUGCAAUAGUGUUGUUGUUAUUUUAAGGCAUUCUGCAGUGCAGAUCGACAGUAAUUCAUAGUGUUAACUGUGGAAGACACGGAAUAUAUCAAGAGAAUGGUGGGAACUCAUUUAUUCCUCUUCUCUUCGCCAUCCUCCUUGGUUUGAGAAGCCAUUGGAGGAUGAAAUUUUGAAUAAGGAAUUGGCUCCUUUGAGUGCAUUUGGAACUGCCUGCCGGUAGGUGGCACUGUAGCAACAGUCUCAGGGUGGAAGUCCCAUCUGCAGCUUCAUGAGCAGAUUCCUGAAAGGGACAUCAGAUUGCAUCUUGUAAUCCUUGUUGGUAGUUUAUCCAGAUGCCACUUCUGUUGGUAAAUGAGAAGUUUCUUUUGCAUCGUGGACCUAGAACCAAUAGGUUCAUACUAGACAGAGACAAAAUAUUUUUGUCCUAUAGUAUUUUUGUCCCCAGUUGAGAGUUCGUCAACAAGGAUACAGUAGAUGGUAUUCCUUUGCUGACUCCCACAACCUGCUGAUAUUAAGACCACUGAGCUGUAGUUCAGUGGUGGAGUCCAUACCUUGAAAUAAUCCAAUCGGUUGCACUUGCUGCUAAAGGGUUUAUAUAUAAUAUUUCGUAAGUGUUCUAAUGUUCUUUGAAAGUGGCAGCUGAAGCUUUUCACAAUCUCUGGCAUAGCCAGGAGGAGGAGGAGUUUGCAAGCUGCUUACUGGAUAGCCAUGCUGCACACACACUCCCAACAGAAUUACGCUGGCUACUAAUUAGCUGUCAAACCAGGUUUUUUGGAUCUGACCUAUAAAACCCUGAAAAGCUUAGGAGCAGGUUACUUGAAAGAGCACCUCUCCUUUACUGCUCUGCUCAUCCUUUGUAAUUAGCUGAGGAGGCUGCCCUAGUGGUGCUGCAUUUUGGGGCCUUCUCUGUGGUGGCACCGUCUCAGUCGAAACAUCUCCACCUUGAGCUCAGAUAGGUGCCAACAUUAUUAGUAUUUCAGCACCUGUUGAAGACAUACUUACAUACUGAGACUUUAGCCAGUGCUCAGUUCCAGAAUUCAACGUCAAUGUUUUGCUUUGUCUUGAUCAUUGCUGCCUUAUGUCCUCUAUUGUUGUAGAGGCUGUUGAUAUUUUAACGGUUUUUUUCUUUUGUAUUUUGCACUGCUUUUUGCUGCCAUAUGAAAGGUGGUAUAAAAAUGCUUAGUUCAAUUAAACACUGUUUGAGGUUGCAUCCAAACUUAAUCUUAACUAUGGUUUGUGAAAGAAGCUGGCUCCCUAAACCGCAACUUGCGAAGUUGCUUUGUAUCAAACCAACUAUAGUUACGAUUAACAGUUUGUGAGGUCCAGGUGCCUGGAUAGGCUGUGGUUAAUCAAAAACAGAAGACAAACUUCCAAACUCUUUACAGCCACAUCGGAGAAACAAGGGGGGUGCAUACACACAUUGGGGGAGCUGGUCUUAUUCCUAUCUGAACACACCUUGAAGUGAAGGCCCAAGACAGGUGUUGAUCAUCAUGUGAGCUGCGCACAGGUGGUCUGAAGCGAGCUACCACCAUUCCUGUGGAGCCUCCUUUUAUUGAGACAAACAUGCAAGCUAGGCAAAUACAUUUUGGGCUGUGACCUUUACACAUCUUCCAUCCCGCGAUUGUGGGGUGAUACAAAACUAUUUUGGCACCUGUUCCACAGCGUCAUUUUCCCCUUGCACAGUGUAUGACAUAGGAGACAAAAGGGGAAAACUUACAGACAGGACACCGCUGACUUCUGAGACCGCAAAAGGUCAGACAUAGGUGGAACGAUGUACCAGACAGCUGUGGCUUGUCUGGGGGGGGGAGGGUUUCCCUGCACCCCAAGGUCACACGUGCAGGCAGACUGUGGCUGCCUGCUGGCGGGGAAGUGUGCUCUCUCCGGACCCCACUCCCCGCUCUGCGAUAUCCCUACACACCUCGUAUUUGCACAUCAACAUGAUUUCUAUUUGCUGGACUAAUUUUUUUAGAUAUUAGCUUAUAAUACGAUAGCAUAGGUGGAAAUUACAUGUUGCAUAAUUUAAGCAUCCAUCAACCUUGGGGAAGGGGAACCUGUGGCCCUCCAUAUGUUCUUGGACUACGACUCCCAUAAUCCUUGACCACUGGCCAUGCUCCGUGGGGCUGAAGGGAAUUGUAGUUCAACAGCUCAGCUGGUUAAAGCAUAGUGCUGAAAUAAUGCCAAGGUUGCAGUUUCGAUCCCCGUAUGGGACAACUGCAUUGCAGGGGGUUGGACAAGACGAUCCUCACGGUCCCUUCCAACUCUACAAUCCUAUGAUUUUACGAUUGGGACCCACCCCUUAAGGUUGAUAAAUGCAUAACAUAAUGUAUGGGCAUAACCCUUGUUGGCUGUCAUCCUGAUGCUUAGGUUGCCAGUUUAGAUGCACAUUUUUUUCUGUCUUAGCUCUCUAGGCAUUAUGUUGAUGAAGCUAUGUUGUAAUACCUAAGUACAUAUCUACAUAGAUGAAAAGGGUGGGGGGAAGCCACUUACUUCAUGUAGUUACCACAAGAUGGUGAAAGAGCAUGUUCUCAUUCCACCACGUUGUUUCGUAGGCUCCAGUCUUGGCAAGCAUCUUCCAUUAAUUUUUAACUCCUGCUUGGAGAUAACCAAUGCAAUCUGCUAAUAUGCAAUAAGUAUCCAUGUAUUACAAUUCUAAACACCCUCUUAUAAAUCCCUUUCAAUUAGUAGCCUUGUAUCAGGUUCACAGCAGAGGAAAUCAAAACCAGACCAGCUUAGAUUAAAUCCUUUGCCCUUCGGCUCUUAUGAUUAGGAGUUGGAUGCUAAUGGAGUCAUUUCUUUAUUUUUAUUUUUUAAAAAAGAAACUAUGGGGAAGCAUAAUUAGCUAGUGCAGAAACUGAGUUUUAGAUGUCUACAUGUGAUGUAUGUCUUCCUCUAUUAAGUAUUUGUCACUUUGUGGCAUGGAUUACAAGUAGGAUUUUAAAAUGUUCUCAGUCCAUGGUGGGGCGGAUUGGGCUGUUGUUGUUUGAACGCUGCAUUCACAUGGCUGCUUUUUUCAUUUCCCUUUCCCCUCAACUGUUAAGCUGCUCUGCAUUAUAUUUGAGCUUUCACACGGCAUAGAAGCCACUUCUGGAACUAGAGUGCCAAGUUCAGUGCUCAUCUAUGUGUUAUUUGCUUCCGUGGGGGGUGUGUGUGUGUGUGUGUGCAGGGAAUCCAUGUGGAAUCGACUGCUAAACUUGUGCUAUUUUCCACUAUAGUUCUGGAAGUGGCUUUUUAUAUCCUGUGAAAGCUGAAAUAUAAUGUGAAAAUUGAAUAAACUGUCAUGUGAAUGCAGCCUAAGCAAGACUAUUUACUACUGCAAUGUGAUGGCAAUAGAUGAGAUGGAAGGAGAAGAAACUAGCAGGGUCCCCCGCCCGCCAUGAUUGCAGUUCUAACCAGCAUAACAGCAGCAUUGCAUAAAGUUAAUGUACUUGAACCGCCCCUUGCCAGGGUUUUGCUGAGGUUGCUGCUGCUGCUUCUGAAGCAACGAAUCCCACCAGUGAUUGCAAACCUAUUCAACAGAACAGGCAUAAAGCCCUGAGGAGAAGUCAGCAGUUCAGGGUUCCCUUCUCAAUCCCGUGGCUGGUGCUCAGAGUGCCUUUUGCAAAGGUUGGGCUGUGGCUUUCAACUGUGCUAGAACAGAGGUUUUCAACCUUUCUGAGUCCACGGCUCCCAUGACCAAGUACAUUCUUUCUGCGGCACCCCUGUGGGGCUCAGGAGCCCAGUUAUGUCACCCCUUGCUUGCAGAGCUGGCAGCUUCUCACCCUUUUUUGAACACCCUCCUUUGUGGAGUGUUCCCUCAGCCUCCUCUCCUCUCCCCUCUCCUCUCCUUGGGAGUCCUGCGGGCAGCCGCUGCUGCCACCCCUGGUCUCUGACCUGCCCCAAAGAGAGGUGCCUCCUCACACUGCUCCACAGGGGCCUGGAAAGAGGAUGCCCCCAGUAUGAAUGGCCAAACGGAGACUGGCCAAAGGUGAAUGUGAGGCCAGCACCUUACUCAUCUUGGGUGGCAGCAGCAGGCGCUGCAGGGCCUGCAUGGAUAGGCUCCCUUUCCGCACUGGGCACUCGGCUCCCAAGCAGACAUUGCACAACAAGCACAAGAAAGGCCAGCGUGGUGUCUGCCGGCCUGGCCUCCUACUUGUCUGUCCAUUCCCAACAGCAAGGGCUGGUAGACUGGCCUGCUGGGUUCCCUUGCCCUCUUGCUUGCUUAUUCCUGGCAGCCAGCACCCCUGGCCAGCCCCAGAGGCACCAUUCACUUGCAGAGCUUUUAGCAGGGCUGCUGCAAGAAACAGCUGUGCAAGCCUUUGUGAGGCAGAGACGUGAGAGGGCAUCAGAGGGAAGGGAGGGAAGGAAAGAGGGACAGAGGCCAAUGUUGGCCUGCGGCAUCCCUGACCAUCAUUCAAGGCACCCCAGGGUGCCACAACACAUUGGUUGAAAACCACUGAGCUGGGACAAAGUCCCUCUCUUUCGCAUAAUGGUUGUGGACUGCUGCUGCUGCUGUUUUCCCAGGCAGUUUUGACUGGCUGGUUUCAUCUCUCUCUCGACUGAUUCUCGGCUUUGUGAGCACUCUCACAGCCACCGCAAGUAUAGCAUAUACUGGGGGUGUGAACAACGUGUGUGUGUGUGUGUGUGUGUCUCCCCAAGUGUCCAAUUUGCUGCAUGUGUGAAAAGUUUCCAGUUUCCCUCAAGCUUCGCCUUCUUUGGUUUGUUUUAUUUUAUUUAAAUGCCUCUGCAAACCAUUUAAUGGUUUAGAAAUCCCCCUAAGUGCUGCACAACAUAAAAACAAUAAAUAAUUCCAUUAAAACAAAAAAAUGCAAUAUAAAACUAGUAAAACAGUAAUAUAAAAGCAGGAUAUUUUAUGGAAAAGCAUUUAUAAACUGCCCUGCAUCCACAUAAGCAUGAAUGUGUGGGCCAGUUUAGCACGUCAGGAAAUUGAUAUUUAGCUCGCCCAUUCCAUCUGCAGGGACCAGAUUGAUAAUCUACAGUAUUUAAUGUGCAACCAUGGAGCGUGGAAUGGUGCAGCCACCAACCCCAUGAUUAUGCUAGACUGGCAUCUAUUUAGGAUUGCAGCCGCUCCAUGGGAUUGACACAUUCCUGCUUUCAUGGGUGUGCUUUUGAGCUCUUCCCCCCAGGUCCCUGCAGCAGGAAAAGAAGAUACUGUACAGCUUGCCAGUUUAUGCUUCCGGUUCUGUUUGUUUCCUGUUGCAUGCCGUUCUCAGUGCAAAAUGACAAGGCUGAGGAUGGGUAACUCAGCAGACCAGCCUUAUUGCAUUCCUGUAGCAGCUGGCUCAUGUACAUAAAGGACUGCAUUUCAAAUAUAAGCAUAUACACAAUAGCGGAGUCAACAGGUUUGUGUAGUAAUCUUUGUUACUCUUUUCCAAAUUGCACUGAACAUGCUACACUUGCAUAGCCAGAACCUCCAGAACUCUGUCAUGCCCUUCUGCUCAUCUAGGUCAAGGCAGCGGCGUAGCGUGGGUUGUCAGCACCCGGGGCAAAGCAAGUAAUUUGCGCCCCCUAACCUGGGGCAAGGCAAGUAAUUUGCGCCCCCUAACCCCUAACCUGCUGCCGCUGCCAGCUUCUUCUUGCUGCUGCCUGGGCAGGUCUGGUGUGGUUCUCUCCCGCGCUCAGCGCUGCGCUGGGCGGCCGCUGCACUGUCCCUCCCCCAGAUAGUCCCUCGCUCUCUCUCCACACCGCACGCCUGGCACCCACCCCCUCCACAGUGGGCGGCGACCCAGCGGCUCAGAUCGGAUUCGCACAGCCAGCACUGCAGUGAGAGAGAGUGAGUGAGCCAGGUAGGGGCAGAGAGCUGCAAGUGCGAUCGCGCCCCCCCCCAGAUGUUGCUCCCGGUGCGGCCGGCCCCCCCUGCACCCCCCACGCUACGCCACUGGGUCAAGGGACCAGGCUGGCAAUAUUGCCUUUCCUUAACAGUGCCUGCGACUGAGGUCAUGUACGCCAAGUGUUUUUAAUACUGAAAAGUGCUAUAGAAAUGCUAAUGUACUAUUACUUCAUGGAGAGCCAGUGAGGCGUAGUGAUUAGAGCAUGGGUAGGCAAACUAAGGCGCGGGGGCCAGAUCCGGCCCAAUCGCCUUCCAAAUCCAGCCCGCGGACGGUCCAGGAAUCAGCGUGUUUUUACAUGAGUAGAAUGUGUCCUUUUAUUUAAAAUGCAUCUCUGGGUUAUUUGUGGGGCCUGCCUGGUGUUUUUACAUAAGUAAAAUGUGUGCUUUUAUUUAAAAUUCAUCUCUGGGUUAUUUGUGGGGCAUAGGAAUUCAUUCAUAUAUUUUUUUCAAAAUAUAGUCAGGCCCCCCCACAAGGUCUGAGCGACAGUGAACCGGCCCCCUGCUGAAAAGUUUGCUGACCCCUGGAUUAGAGUCUUGCCUUAAAAAAAAUCAAAUGGGUUUCUACUCCUUAUGACUGUGACAAUACUUGAAAGGGUGUGGUGAAUCUCGGAGACUAAAGGAAUGAUGGAUUAAAAUUUCCAAGAAUCAGGAGCUCAUUGAUCCACACAUCUCCUUAGUGAAGCAGAUUAAAUUAUGCAGAAUAAUAAACAUUGUACAACAAAGCAUGCAAAUUAACUCACACACAAAUAUUUGGUUGGGUAUAUAAUUCAGCUUUUUGAGGUGCACAGUUCGGGUUAGCUUGGCAUAAAACAUCCAUCUUAAAAAAAGAAACAAAAAAUACCACUGUAAGCGACACUGUUUCUGCGAUUGCAAGAGCCAUGCACAGAAAAUGGCUAUUUUCAUCAUGAAGUUACGCAGGAAAUGCCUUAGUUAAGCCCCUGGAGCCGCUUACUUGGGAAAAACACUAAGAACGCUAAGAAGCCCCAUAUUUUGCCCAGCUGAUAUUCUCCCUAGAACCUCAGGAUGGCUCCUAGAUAAUGUAAACAAGCCCUAGGUUGAUGCAUGUUCAGGGACACCUGCCUCAAGAUAAGAUCCCACGUACACAAGCUUGUUUAUUGUUUAUUUAAACAAUUAUAUAAUUCAUUAUACAGCUUUAGGCGCCAGGAAAAAACGUUCAUUUUUAACUAGGCCUUUGGUUGAUUUGAUUGACAUCCUAUGCCCAUUUAAAAGGUGGGUUUUUGGGGGAGGGGGUUAUUGGGUUGCUGUUUUUAUUUUGGUUAUGUAUUUUGUGGUUUUAUAUUUUGAUUUUAUUCUGUGAACCACCCUGAGAUCUCCAGGUAUAGGGCGGUAUAUAAAUUCAAUAAAUAAGAAAUAAUAAUAAUAAUUUAUAUACCACUUCACUACAAUGAGUCUAAGUGGUUUAACAAAGAUACUGUGUGUGUGUGUGUGUGUGUGUGUGUGUGUGUGUGUGUGUGUGUGUUUUAAAACUAUAACAUCAGGCAUCAAUUGAAAUAGCUGCUGGAUUUUUUAAAUUUUUUUAAAGUCUUCAUUAGGUGCUGGAAGUUCAACGGGAUGAAAGCGCCUGUCUGACCUGAACUGGAAUAGAGUUCCACAAAUUCCACAAGCUUUUAACUGUUAUUGUAAGCCGUUCUUGAAAGAAGACCAAGACACUGUGCUUGCAUUCUGCAAAGUAGCUGCAGGGGCAUCUGCGUAGCGAGAACGAAUCUUCACAGGAAAUUUGACCACAUGUCUCACAUACGACUUCUGAACAUAGUUUACAUGUGCUGGGUGUGGCAGCUCUGUAGUGGGAAACCUGUGGCCCAUGUGGUCCUGGGCCUAAUUUCAUGCAGCCCAAACUUCAUGUGGCUUGCAAAGAUGGGUUGGCAUAGCAGGCAUGGCCAAACUUGGUCCCCCAGCUGUUUUAGGACUACAACCCCCAUCAUUCCUAGCUAACAGGACCAGUGGUCAGGGAUGAUGGGAGUUGUAGUCCCAAAACAUCUGGAGGGCCUAGUUUGCCUGUGCCUGGUCAACAGUGUGUUUGCUUUUGUUUGUGGAGGGGCAGCAGUUGAUUUUUUUGUAUGGAUCUCCUUCGCAAAGAGAAAUGCUCUCUAUCCCACUUGUAACGUAAGCCCAGCUGACUUUGGGUCUUUGGUGGAAAAUCCCCUGACUUUGGGCCUUGGAAGCACAAGAAAGAAAUCAGUUUGUUGGUUUAACCCAAGAAGAGCACAGGGUUAAAUUCAGACCGGGUCUCUUGACUCAGCAAGGCAUUUGUGAGGGUUAGAACGCAGGUGAGCUUGCCUUUCCUUCCUUAAGGUGAGUUUCCCUUCUCUCUUAGGGAGCAUUAAGUUACUCAGCACCUGGUACAUGUGUGCGAUGCACAAAUAUUAACAUUUGCUUGCAUUUUUUAAAAUUUCGUAGCUUGGUAGAGAAUGGAAGACCACCUGAUCCUGCUGACUGGGCGGUUACAGAUGUGGUGAAUUAUUUCAGAACAGUGGGCUUUGAAGAACAGGCUCAUGCUUUUCAAGAGCAGGUAAAUCUGUUUGGACAAUCCAUCUUGUAACUGUUUGCCUAUGCGCCUGGGGACACUCCUAAGAAGCAGUGUAGGCAAUUGUCACAGAAGGAUUAAUUAGUUGAAUUCUUUGCUUCUGUUCUAGAAGACCAACAUGGCAUAGUUGGAGGGGAGGGGCGUGUUUGUAUGAUUACACCUGUAAGGCUAUGCACACUGUUUCUAAGAGUAAGCCCCAGUAAACGUAGCUGGACUUAACUUCUGAGCAGGCAUGUCUAGGAUUGCUUAUUGGCAAAACUGCCUGGCUCUACCACAUUUGUGAACUUGGGCAUAACGCUUAAGGCUGCAGUUCCACCCAAUUUAACAGUCUCAAACUUGCUGGCAGAUCAAAACACAGCUCCCAAUCUGAUUACUCAUUUUGCAAUGCAGUUUAGGUGCGCAAAAGUAUUGGGUGCAGAAAAAUAUGUGUUUUACCGUCUGGAUGCUCAUAAAAUGCAUGGGAAAGCAUGGGGAAAUGUGUAUUUUGAGGGAAAUGCAUACAAUAUAAAUGCAAAUAUUUUGGGCGUUCUUUUUUUAGAAGAAAAAAUCACACCAAACAGGAUGGAACGGAGUGCCAACAAAAAUGAAAUGGGUGCAUUUACAGUAUAAUCCAAACCCAAGAUCCACCCGGAUAUUACUAAGCAAGUGAGCUGUCCCAGCUGAGCUGGUCUAGUUCCCUCCUUCUGGUUCAGCCAGGGAUAUGCUAGCAUAAGUCCUUCAUCCUGGCUGAGGUGAAGCUAUGCUGGCUCAGCCAGGGCUCAGGUAGCAAAUCUUUCACUGGUGUAACUCCCCAAGGAUGACCGUGUUUCAGUUCGUGUACUGUUCUGUCAAGCAAGCACAAAUUACAUAGGCUUACCUUUAAACGUGAGCUGAAUCACAUUAUUAUUAUUACUGUUUAUUAUUUUUAUUUAUUUUGUGCAGUCCUUGCAUUUGCCAAAUCCAACCCAUGUGUGACUUCUGGUUUGUGGAAGAAACCCAGCAAGCUUCAUUUGCUGCACUGCCGCUCUGUUAGCAGUUCAACCUCCGCACAUCCUUUUCAUCUUCACUCUCAGUUGUAGUAUGGAUUUGGAGUCGUGCAUGUGUUUGUUUCUGUGUGGAAGAAAACGAUGGGCGGCUGGAUUUCUCCAGCACCCAGGUGUGGGUAGGUGAGAGUGCUGAGCCUUUUAUCCGAAAUGGAGAUUUAGAAAGGAAUGAAGAUCUUCUCGUAGGCAGGAGACUAGCCUUUCCCAGCCAAACGGACCCCCAGCCAAACUGGCGGGGCUGAUGUGAAUUGUGGUUGUUUGAAAACAAGUGGAGGAUACCUGGUUAGGGGAAGCUGUGUCAAAACAACCACUCUCCUCCCUCCUGUUCGCUGGCCCAAAAGGAGAUUGCUUCAAGCUGUAGCUGGGGACAUCAGAAAGCCUGGCUGCCCCUAUCCCCUAUCCUCAGUUUCUAAAAAAAGAGAGGGGAUAGGGUGUUGAUUUGAAAUCACAUCCUCCGACCCCUGAUGCUGGAUGGAUGAGGAUGUUGUUACCUGAAAUGUAUUCUGCCCGCGCUCAGCAGUGCACUUGGAAUCUCCUGGGGCUUAAGUCCUGGUACCCAAAAAUUGUUUGGGGCCGACCUAAACCCUGCCGCCAGCAUGAUGGCUGAGGUCGAUCCACAGACCUGCUUUCAGACUGACUCUGUGAUGCAGCUCACAUUAAGUAAUAACUUGGGGCGGGCGCUGCCGAUAGGUUUUGCGUAACCAUAGUACUACAGUUGUAAAUUGGUUAAUUGUCGUGUUUGGAUUAGCUGCCGUGGCCGGGUGAUGAAAACCCUGCUUACCCAGCAGGGUUUAUUUACUCAUCCGGACCUCUUAUGUAAGGCAUCCUCCAAGUUCUCCUGCCAAGGAAGCUUGGCUGGGAAGGCACAGCAGGACCAUCAAUUAGACUGGCAUCAACUGCUAGCCUUGAAAUCGCAGAGACCCUGGAGAGAGCUAGUGCUUGAUUGGUGGUGUGUGCAGUUCCUUGAGAGAGCACUGCCCUGGCAUGGGAGGAUGUUCUGGCAGCAGCAAUGAUGAAGGUGACCUGAGGAUGCCACAGUGAUGAGGCCAGAGAGAGCGUUGGGGCCCAUCCCUGUUUAGAUCCGUGUCCUCGGCUCUGAAGCCCAUUAGCUUCUUCUGGGCCAAAUGUGCACAGCUACCUAGAGGGAGAGGGGGCAAGCAAUGGGAAAGGCAGUGCUUUCCCUCCUUGGUGCUUGCUUGUUCCGAGAGGACAGUGGAAACGGGCAAUUGGAGCACAGCAAGGAGCAGGAGCCCAAGAGGCUCAGGGGUCAAGAGGGGGAGGGCCCUAGCAGAAUUUUGAGCUUUGGCAAGGUGCCCAGAAAUUCCUCCCUCUGGAGCAGAGGUGGGGAAAAUAUGGCAUCUUCAGGAAUUGCUGGUCGGAAGGCAGCUUUUAGCAAUCCAGAACUCCCAGUUGAGGUUGCCAGCCUGUAACAGCAGCCUUACAAAGACAAAACAUAACCCACACCAUUCAGCCACACACCCUUUGCUGACUCUCUCAGGGCAUACUCGUACUCCUGCCUUUUCCUUCAGGGGCUCUUCAUUCAUUACUGCAACGGUGUAGGAGUUGCUUUUCUACAACUUCAUCUUCCUUUGCUGCAGUAGUAUUUUUACAAGACUGGCACAAACAUGGCUGGGUUGAUUGUUUUGGCUCAUUCCGCCCAGUUGCUUCCCUCCCUUUCCGGCUGGGCACUAAUUAGAUGGGAAGGUCUGUUCUUUUAUUACAUUUAUUUGCUGACCUUUUGUUUACCAAUCGCUUUGCCUUAUUGCCAUCACUGCAACCUAGCAACCCUGCUGAGUCAGUCAAUGAACUUUCUGGAUCCUCGUGACCUCGCUGGCAAGGAGGUCAAGCAUAGGGAAAUCAGCUACAAGACUAUACACGAGGUUGAGGCAGGAGAGCAAUUUCCCAUGAUCCUUCGCUUUAGCCAAACUUACCCUUUCUUCACUCCUGAAAAUGAAAUGGAGGUGAAAACCUCGUAACCAGGGGUUUGAACCUGGGUCUCCCUACUCUUAGUCCUAGAAAACUUAGUCCUACAAAACUUUGCAGCUGUUUAAAUAGCCAGUCACUUUAAUGGUUACUUGCAUUUUCAGUUGUCUUCACCCCACCGCCCUGAUAUUUUUAUGAUACGGCUGUACAAAAAUAUUCUUAAUAAGUAAACAAAACUGAAACAACACAGCACAGUUUAAUAGUGAAUUAAUUUCAAAACGGCAAAAUAUCAACAAGGGUUUUUUUUUGAAAGGCUAGAGGGGAUAUUUACAACACCAAGAGCAAAAGCAAUGAGCCCGGCUAUCAAGGAACACUUGGUGAUAAAUAAUGAUUUUUAACAUCUGUCUGAAGGAGUAAACAGAAAUCGGCUACUCCCACAAUGCUUGUGGGGUGUGAAGUCUUCUUCCUAUAUAUGGCUGGUUUGCGAGCAGUGUAUAGUCACCACAGCCGUAGAAAAACCGUGGGUGGAAGAUUGUACCUUCCACUAGUAGUUGGUGAACAGAUUCGGUGGGAGUGGAAUCCAUGUUGCUAAAGGGAGGUCCUGUAGGGAGGAGAAUAAAGAGGAACGCAAUUCAGGUGCUUGUUUAUUGUGGAUGAGUAUAAGCACUUCUAACCCUGAGUUGUUCGCUAAAGCUCAAGAUGCUGUUGGGAUUCUGAAUAUGCAGGCAAGAAAAGUUCCCUGUUAAUAGCCAAAGUGAAAAUCAGCAAACCAGAAGAUGUCAAAACUUUACUAAACAGCAGCAGAAGCCAGCCAGAUACAAAUGCAGGAGCCAUUCAUACUUGAAACAUUCCUUUCAGAUACCAUCUGCUCUGCAUGCUUCUAAAAACACCCCAACAACCUCAAAGGAAAUUGUACAAUUUUAAUUUUCAUUAUCUGAAGAUAGUUCUUUCAUUAAAAUUAUCCCAACAAGUUGCUAACAUGCUGUGUCUACAGCUUUGCUAUUAUGUCUAUUAUGCCUAUGAAAAACAUAUAUCUUGGCAAUGCAGCUGGCUACGUGGGUAUAUGAAUAAAUGCAGAUCUUUUCAUAUCUUGUACUUUAGCAGAAAGUAUAAUCCCCUGGCCACUUUCCAAAAUCAAAGUGCCUUACAUCUGUGCUCAUCCUUAUAUUGCUGUUAUUCUCUGAUGUCAUCAAAUUCUGAAGGGCAGGCAUCCCACCCUCAUAGCCAAUGAAAUUGCAAUAUGCAAAUAAAAAUGGCUGAAACCUAGCAGUUGGCUGAUGUCACAAUUUCACCCUGACAGUGGACUGUUUGAAUCAUUUUGAAAUCAGUCGUUGGAUGUUGAAGCAGCUUUCCCCCUGCCCCCAACCUGUUUGGCAGUUCCUCGGAUAUCGUUGUUAAAACCCUAAGCAACGCUGGUGCACACAAAGACAUGUAGCGCUUCAUGUUAUUUCAGGCCUUCCUUCUUUUGGAAUGUGUACUAAUAACCUUUCAACUCUGAGACUGACAAGGUGCCAGGACAUAAUCGGGAUAUUGUUCAGAUAUUUGCCAGGAACAGACGAAGCGGAUAUUUAUGCUUAAGACGGUUGGAAAAAGAUGGUGAAUUAUUACGAGGUUCUGGGAGUGCAAAAAACCGCGUCUGCGGAUAACAUUAAGAAAGCCUACCGGCAGUUGGCCUUAAAGGUGCACCCAGAUAAAAACCCAGGGAACAGGGAAGCAGCAGAAAAGAAAUUCAUAGAGCUCUCUAAAGCGUACGAGGUCUUGUCUGAUACUAAAAAGAGGGAUGCCUAUGACCGAUCCCGCAAAGGAGACGGACAUGAGAGAGGGUGGCAUGAAAGAGGCAGAGGUACAUGCAGACAUGGUGGGUCUGGAGACAAGGAGAGAGACAAAGGGCACCUCGACGCCAAACCGAGUUUCCACAGAUCCCCCCUGGAUGUGCGCAAGGGGAUGGACACCUUUUCCCUAAAUAUCUUUGACGACCUGCUUGACGACAUUUCCGGCGACCAGCGAGGCCACCACGGAAGAAGAAGAACCAGAAGCGACAGCAGCUUUUCCGUCUCUAUCAGUGGGGUGUCCCCCAUUGCGGGAACCGGCUUCACUUCCUUUGGCUCCGAGAUCACCGGUGGCUGUUCCUGCACUGCUCUCCACAGUGGCAGGAAAGGAAGGUUCAAGUCCAUCAUUACCACCAGCAAGGUUGUGGACGGCAAAAAGGUUGUAACCAAGAGAAUUGUGGUGGACGGCAAGGAACGCGUUGAAGUUGAGGAGCAGCCCAUCUGUUACUGAAGGGCUCCCAGCUGUAAAUUGGUAAGGGGCAGCUGCUACGCUUGGGUACUGAGCCUAUUAGGAACUUGUGCUGUGUUUCGCAUUGUGUGAUGGGCUGGUGGAAAUGCUUUGUGGUGCUUGGUGGUUCGGGCAAACCUUUGGGCAGGCAACAGCUUAUUAGAAAAGCUUCCCCCAGUCUCAUUAUGAGCUUUAUUUAGGCAUGCGUGAGGAGACUUCAGCCCACAAGUCACACUUGGCCUGCAAAGCUCUUUUUCUCUAGCCAUGUCUACUGGCUCAUGACAUCAUAUGAACCCCAACGGUUGCAGAAGUGCCAAAAAAUAAAAUAAAAUAAAAUUCAGGAUUGGGGGAUCCCUACUAUGCAAUGAGAACUGAGCAUUCUCAGUGGCGAUAGAAUGCUGACUGACUGUUGGCCAGGGAACUGAAAACUGGGGAGGGAGGAGGAAGUGGAAUGGAAUUGGCUGGAAUCCUGAACGGUACUACCCGGGCUGCAACAUUUUGUUGUAGAUCCCACUUGUAUAUACAGUGGUACCUUGCGUUAAGAACUUAAUUCGUUCUGGAGGUCUGUUCUUAACCUGAAACUGUUCUUAACCUGAAACACCACUUUAGCUAAUGGGGCCUCCUGCUGCUGCUGUGCCGCCGCUGCACGAUUUCUGUUCUCAUCCUGAAGCAAAGUUCUUAAGCCGAGGUAAUAUUUCUGGGUUAGCGGAGUCUGUAUCCUGAAGCGUAUGUAACCCGAGGUACCACUGUGUUUAAAUGCGGUCUGGACACUCAGCCUCACAACAAUGCAUGUCUACAGCCCCUUUUUGUUGAAUUCAAUCUGAGGCCUGAGAAUCUCACCCAAUGAAAGCUCAGGUUUCCAAGUGGAGAGGUGAAGGUGUCUAUAAAGUGCAAUGGUGCCCACCUGAGAGGUGCUGGAACUGCGCUCUGGCAGAGAGAAAAAAACAAAGCACUGAGGAUUAGUAACGAUGUCUCCUGGUGAAUACACCACCUGGUUCCCUAAGUCUGCAUCCUUUCGUUUUUGUGAGAUCAAACACAGGCACCUGCAUGUGAUCAGGCUUAUGAUGUUGACUCAGCAUCAUAAAAUGGCACAUCACUCUGUUGUGUCGCUUCUGCCCAAACCAAAAGGUUUGUAUGAGGAUUAGCUUAUGCUAAAAGCUGAAAAUUGUGUGCUGCUUGUGGACUAGCCAACAGGGUCAGAAGAGAGAGAAACAUUGCAGGUGUCUGUCCACUAAGUGCUGGGAAGAUGAAGUGCUUGCUUCCCAGCUCAAAAGUGGUACCUCAUGUUUUUGGUUCAGUCAGCAUUUUUCCCUGAAUAAGUAUUUGGGCAGCAGCUUCUGUGGCAGUAAGUUGUUAUUAUUCAGACCUUAUUCAGCCUGCAUUCUCCGCAGAAACAAAUUGUGAAUACCUAUUCUUCCUAGAAUGUUUUUGCAUCUCCAGUCAACAAGCAUUGAUUGAAUGGACCCAGAGAUCUUUCAUUCUCAUUGAGUGGCAGCAUUUGUGACCUCUAUAGCUAAAAGCCAUACAUAUUUAUAAUUGAAAAGGGUUCUGCGUAUAGAAUUUUUGUGGGUUAUUGUAAUUACAAAUGUGGACAUGCUUGUGGCUUUACUAAUACUGGUUACAUCUUCAUGUAUUUUGUUUGUAAUGGCCUGAGAGCUUGAACAAUAAAUUUUAUUCAAUCGCAAGAAUCUGACCACAGCAGAACAGGCAGGGCGGGAUCCUAAUUGGCAUGUUAGACUCAUAAAAUACUGAAUUCAUAGAUGCAAGUUUAGCUUGUCAACAUCAUUUUUGCCAUGUGUGAUUUAUGCAAAGCAUAGUCUGUUAAAGUUAAUUGAAAAUAAAGUCAGGUAUGUGUCAUUAGUUACAUUUUGAAUGCUAAACUCUUAUCAAGAUUAAGUUUUAUUUUAAUAUUAGCUGAUGAAUAUUAACUUUCAGUCUAAGGUGUUGGGGAUUGGGAACAAGUAACAGCACGGCCUUUUAAUUAGCAGGCCAAUAUAAGAUGUAAAUCACAAGUAUAAGGAAUCUCAGAUUGGUACAAAUUGGCCAGUCAGUAUACUGCCACUCCACACAGAAUCUCAUGGUGUGCCUUCCUCAAGCAAGCUAUACACACAGCUUUUUGGUGUGACAGCUUUUUGGUGUGACAGUACUCACUGGUAUCUAGUACCCUCACUGGUUUUUGACUGCCCACGGCAGCCAUUUUGUGCUUGCACAGAGACCACACUUUUACCAAGAUAUGAGUAUUGCAACCUCAUUAAAAAAAAAAAAAAGGCACUUAUAUAUGAUUCUUUCUCAUAACACUGCCCCUAUACUUAUAUACUAUACAGGCUGUCCAGGGGUAAGUGUUAUAAGUAAAGACACCAUAGCAGUUUGAGGUUUGAGGCAGGUAAGAAAACUAUACCCAAUCCAAUAACUGCCCUUAACAGUCACGUGUUUGGCUGCUCUCUGACAGCUGCUGUACCAUAAGAGUAAAUUUGGGUCAAUCGAGGUUUCCUGUAUGUGGCAUCACCCGCUCCCAGUUCACUAGAGCUGCUUGUACACCAACUGGAGGUGCACAAGAGACAAGAUUUUUUUAUUAUUAAAAAAGCUACCAGAAAGAAGCGUUCAGGAAAUGGGCAUAUAAGAAUGGAGGUGGUGAGGACUUUGGGGGAGUUGUGUGGAAUGUGAGGGAGAAUGGUGGUUGGAGACCAGUGGAAGGUUUUGUGUUUUCUUGGAGUUCCCAUCCACUAAGGCAGACUAUACCAAAAGAAAGAAGCUGGCAGGUGAAAGACCAGAAGCUACUGUUAUACAUGAGUUGCCCACUCACAGGAAGCUCUUCCUUUAUGUGAUUUCUCCCUUACUUUACACAUUCUGGUCCUCUCUGAGAACCACCAGACCCAUGAUGGUUCCUCAGUGUGACGUAAGCCCAGGAAUGACCUGGAAGUAUUUGGACAGGAAGUGGAACUGUUUCUCAGGGACCACACUCAUUCUCACAUAAUUCCUCUGGCUGGCAUGGAACCUUAGUCUUGGUUUAGACCUAGCCCAGGCUUCCUCAAACUCGGCCCUCCAGAUGUUUUUGGACUACAACUCCCAUGAUCCCUAGCUAGCAGGACCAGUGGUCAUGGAUGAUGGGAAUUGUAAUCUCAAAACAUCUGGAGAGCUGAGUUUGAGGAAGCCUGACCUAGCCUGUUCAGAGGAAGGGGAAGUAGCAUUUUCUGGAUCUGAAGACCAUGCUGGCCCCUUUGGCCACAGUACAGACCUGGGCUUGGUGAUGACUCUGCAAGCUGUUCCAGUUUCCGGGUGCAUUACUUUCUUGAGGUUUUGACACCCUCUUGCUUUCAUAAAUUGUCUGACAUAUUUAUUGAUUUCCACCCUUAGGAAAUUGAUGGGAAAUCUUUACUGUUGAUGACGAGGAAUGAUGUGCUGACUGGACUUUCAUUAAAACUGGGACCUGCACUGAAGAUCUAUGAAUAUCACGUAAAGCCUCUACAGACACAGCAUCUCAAGAACACUUCCCUAUAG